AGCUGGCGCUAUAUAGGCGCCGCGCGCACGUUGGCCGCAUUCCCAAGCCCGGGAUUUGAGGGAGAGGAGGGAUUUGUCGAGAGAGGGAGGGGCGCGAUUCGCUGCUCUUCCUCCAGCCUCCUACUGCUCGCCUCCGGUGUGGGGGUGCGCUGCGGUGGGCGGAGGGGAGGCCAGGGGAUCGAGAGGCGAACCGAGGAAGGAAAUGGCGGCGUGGACCUCCGUGGGCCUGGUGGCGGUGGCCGUGCUGGUCGUCGGCAUCGCAAUGCCGGCCUCAGCCGCCGUGCAGCCGCCCGCGCCCGCGCCCUCCAGCGACGGCACGUCGAUUGAUCAGGGGAUCGCAUACGUCCUGAUGCUGGUGGCCCUUGUGCUCACCUACCUCAUCCACCCGCUGGACGCGUCCUCCCCAUACAGGCUCUUCUAAUCUAAUCAAUAAUUCGGGUUGUACCUGUAGAGGUAGCUAGCAGCUGUGCGAUGAUGAUUUAGGUGAGUGUGUGUGUGUGUGGUGUUCUAUUUUUGUGUGCGCGUCAGAUGAUUAUGUAUGGACAUGUUUGGUGGUGGCAUGAUUCUGCCAUCAUGUGAGUGUUUCGCUAUUUAGUUCAUGCUAAUGUGUGUAUGUAUUUCACUCGCGCUGUGCCGCUUGCCAUGUGCUGCGAUGCGUGGUGUAGGUCUGGUUUUGCAAGUUGUGUGACACCUACUACCCAUGUGAAUGCUUGUCCGGCCCCUGACAGGCUGACAUGGGUGAUCUCUUGUGGUCCAGUUGGUCCAUCCAA